AUGAGGUUUAAAACUUUUCCGGGGAUGAGAUAUGACCAGAGGAGUUUAUUAACCGAGACCAAGAUUCAUCAGUACUCGACACUCACUUGCUUGUUUUUUUUGGUUCAAAUUCAAUUGAUUUUGUGUGGUGACUGGUGGUGGUCUUCUGAGGUGAGUGGUGGUGAUGUUGGGAGGUUAACGAAGGUGCUGUUGGAGGUUAUGUUGGUGGUUGACGGAGAGGAAGGGUGGAGGGGAAGGGAAUGGAGGAGAGGGUGUUCAAAAUCCAUUGCAAAUCUCAAAGAUGUCAUCAAUGGCGGAAGCAAGUUACACUCAAAAAAUCCAGUCAAUUGCAGUCCGUCUGAUGUGUGUUAUCUAGUGAGUGAAGUUUCUAGCACAUGGUUAUGGUCUGCGUUUCUGACUAUUGAUCUAGUGAUGCAUAGUGAAGAUGUGUGUUGGAAGAUGUCUGGAGCGAAUUCAAUGGUGAGAGUUACAGGCGAAGAUGAAGAUGAAGAUUUAUGGUGCUUAGGGUUUGUUGACAGCGGUGAGAAUCCGAGGAGUUAUGUGGUGAUCGGAGGGCAUGGGUUUGGAGGAGAAACGAGGGGUCGUAUCAAAAGUAGUGGGCCUUUUCAAAGUCAAAGUCUAUGUGGCAAAAGGGUUAUCAGGUUACAAUUUUAA